AUGGGGGAACUUGUACCGCCCGGUCGUGACAAGAAUGACAGAGGCGACGCACCAAAUGAGCCUCUCAUCAUUGAAAGAAUGUAUAACAGCAAGAAAAUAUCGGAGAACUCAUACCUCGAGUUCAGGAGCAUAUGUACCGUGGAAUUGGAUGAAUAUGUCGUGCUAGACGGACACUUGGAAAUGGACAGUUGGGUUCGCCUGUUUGGGCUGUACAUGUCCACUGUAUCGAGAACUGCAACUCAGCAGCUACAAAAGACUCCAGAGUUUAGAAGACAGAUCAGGGAUGUCUUUGAUGAUCUUACCGGAGACCUAGACGAGAACGAACAGAGGGUAGCCGGUGCUGUAUCGACAGAUCUGAUUCAACGCGCCACUAGCAACAACGCCUCACUUCAAAGCCAGCAGUUUCCCGGUGAGCGCGGUGAGGAGAUAAUAUCUACGACCAGAGUUACCCAAAAUCAUCAUCUCAAGACCCGCGAGGGUAACUGCGACAUCCACGAGGGCGCUCAACGGAGGAGACACGACGUCGACGUAGUAGAUCUCCACAUGGAGUGGAGCCGGAGCGAUAUCGUAAUCGAGAUGAUGCGCCUGAGUACUCUUCGCAACCACGGUAUGAUCGAAACCGGACUCAAGGUUACCAUGCGAGACGCGAAAGAAGAUGGCCAGAUAGUCGCAACGCUGAGAAUCGUCAUACCAUACGCGAGUCGCGGCCCGGACGUCAGAUUCGUCAAUCUGACUAUGAUCUUAGGACCGACCGCCAAUAUGACCGGCGGGGCGGAAGGGGCCAAGGUCGUGAUGACGACAUGA